AUGCAUGCCUGUUUCGAUAAUGGUGCUACGACUGUUAUGGAUCCCCGAGUACUUGAUGCCAUGCUGCCUUACUUCUCCAACAUGUACGGCAACCCUCACAGCCGAAGUCAUGCCUACGGUUGGGAGGCUGAUGACGCCUGUGAGCAUGCUCGAGAACAAGUGGCCAACUUGAUAGGGGCCAACUCCAAGGAGAUCAUAUUUACUAGUGGCGUUACCGAGUCUAACAAUCUCGCCUUGAAGGGUGUUACCAACUACGCCAAGACGAAGACUGGCAAGAAGGGCGUUAUCACCACUCAGAUUGAGCAUAAGUGUCUGAUUGACCUCCAACAGCUUGAGGAUGCUAUCAGGCCUGGCGAGACUGUCCUAGUUAGUAAGCCCUUGAAGAAGAUCGGCGAGAUCCGCAGGAAGCACGGUGUCUACUUCCAUACGGACUGCGCCCAAGCUGUCGGCAAGAUCCCAUUGGACGUUAAUGACAUGAACAUUGAUCUGAUGAGUAUCUUUGGUCAUAAGGUCUAUGGUCCUAAGGGAGUCGGUGCUCUCUAUGUGGAGAUGGACAGAGAUAAGGAGCAUGUGUCGAGGUUGACUCGGAAGCUCUUGGAUGGUAUUAGAGGCCAUCUGCCUAAGAUCAGCCUCAAUGGAAGCGAGUCUGAAAGUGCAAGUCUAGAGCCCAGCUACGUCCUCCGAGCCAUCGGCGUCGGUGAUGACUUGGCCCAUACUAGCCUUAGAUUCGGUAUUGGCCGUUUCACUCCUGAUGAAGAAGCCGACAAUGCUAUAGCGAAGGUCAUCGAACAGGUUCGUCUUAUCUUCCGUGUCAGGCAAUUCCUCUGA